AGUUUGACACCAGCCAUUGAGGUCGGGUAAAGGCAAGAACAGUGGGUAAAGGGAAAAUCAGUACGAGGAAAAAGACUAUCCAUCUUUCAAAUUGAAUAAUUUUUGGAGCCUUAGAGCUGAUCGAGAAUGGUGCUCCCAAUCUCAUUGUUGAAAAAGGCCCAUAACCAUCCAAUGCUUGUUGAGUUGAAAAAUGGAGAAACAUACAAUGGACAUCUUGUAGCAUGUGACAACUGGAUGAAUAUCAAUCUGCGAGAAGUUAUUUGUACAUCAAGGGAUGGUGAACAGUUUUGGAGGAUGCCUGAAUGCUAUGUACGUGGCAGUACAAUAAAAUACAUGAGAAUUCCAGAUGAGGUAAUUGAUUUGGUAAAAGAAGAUAUCCAGGAGAGAUCAAAGUCACAAGCGCGAGGUGGUGGACGUGGCGGUGGACGUGGUGGUGGCCGCGGCGGUGGAGGACGUGGAAGAGGUGAUAAGGCACGCCGAGGUGGUAGAAAAGACGAGGGCAAAGUCGAUCGAUAGAUGGACAAAGUUCUGUUGUGUUCCCGAUGCCCAUUAUAGGAGAAAGCAUAUUUCAGCGCAGUAUCUCUCUCUAUGAAAAACACUGAUAUAUUACAUUUAACAUAAAACAUCGCUCCGCCCUUCAGACAGAAGUUGUUAGAAGUUGCCUUGCUGAGGCAAAAGGGUUGUGACUUGGUUACCUGAAUAAGCCUGUUUCGAGGAUACUGGCUAAAUACUAUAAAGCCUGAUUUGUUGUAGUAUUCGAAUGAAACUGUUUUGUGUUGAAAAUGCGUUGUUUUCUGAUAAGGUAAAGCGAAUGAGGUCAUUA